AUGUCUCAACCAAACGGAAUUGCUACCCUCUUGAAGGCAGAAAAAGAAGCACACGAAAUUGUCUCUAAGGCCAGGCAAUAUCGCCAGGAAAAGCUCAAGCAAGCCAAGUCGGACGCUGCAGAGGAAAUCAACGCCUACAAACAGAAAAAGGAGCAGGAGCUCAAGGACUACGAGGCGAAAAAUGCCGGGGGAGUCGGUGGCUUGGAAAAGGAGGCCGAAACCCAGGUACAGAGCGAAUUGAAGGAGCUUGAAGAGAUUGGGAAAAAGAAGAAAUCCGCUGUGGUCAAGCUUUUGAUCGGCUCUGUGACUAAACCAGUUGCUGAAGUUCAUGUGAAUGCCGUGUAA